GCGGCAUUUUGGGCUGCAUUCGCCUUGUUUGUGGCUUCUGUCGCCGCUCUGCGUCAGCAGCGAAUGGAACGGUAAGCGCGAGAUCUGACGAACGACGAGAUCUGAAGCAAUCUGAAGCCAAAAGCGGUCCUCCCUCUCUUUCAGGACGUUGGAGAGUCCCGAUGUCAUCGUCGGCACACUAAAGAACAUGCGCAGAACAUUCUUUGACAAGGUGCGCAUGAUUCGAAUGGAUUGGAUUGUGUUGAUGUUUCCCUGCCUUUUCCCGCGCGCAGUUGCGUGAGGCGGAGAGAGGCGACGAAAGAAGAGAACUUCAAGGGGAUCACGGAAAGUGCAGGCGAUGACGCCGACCUCCAGGCAUCUGCACUCGCACAGGUACAGGUGACCCACAGGAACGUCCCUUACUCAUCGUGCAGUUAUCAUCGUGUGCGUGUGUCGAAAACCUGUGCAGUGGCAGAAGGAACGGGACACACUCGAUGAUGAGAUUGCUGACACGAAGUCAUACAUUGAGGCAAUGGAGCAGGCUUUGGAUCACCUCACAUUCGGUGCCUGGCGCAAUGACCUGACGGACGGGGACGAGCAGCCCAUCACUGCACCGAAGACAGAAAGCGUAGGCGAGAGAAGAAAACUGCAGAUUGACACCGUAGCUAGACAUGCGGAUGUGUGUCUGUGUCAUGUGUGCAGUACAUGUACGAGGCCUUGGUCCAGGCUGAGUCAGUGAUAGAGAGGGGCAAGAAGAGGCUCUCCCGCUCGUGAGCGAAAUGAUGUAGAUAGGUGUGUGUCACUAAAGCGUAUAGAG